AUGCCACGAAAUCCUCCUCGCCGUGAUGGCGGUGGUUACAAGCCACCAGGGAGUCGCUUUCGGCCUCGCGACGGACAAUCGAGAAAUGGCGACGGCUGGCGGCCCGACAACUCGUAUUCCGACCGAAGAGACCGCGGCGGCCCAAGAUCGCGCGGGAAUGGCAACCGGCCUCCGCCAUCCAACCGCUUCAAUGUUCCCCAAGGCGACUUUACUUUUCGUAUGGAUAAACCAGCCGGCAUGGGUGAGUCCAGUCCCGGUGGCCGCGGCCACCAUGCCGGCGACGGGAGGCGCGACCAGCGUCGACCCCAACGAGGCCGCGGAGGUCGUAGGUGGCAGCCCCCGCUGCCGGCUGAGCGUGCACUCAUAUCCGGUGCUACCUUGAAUUUACCCGAGGAGCGACUGGACGGUCUCAGCGGUUCGAAUAAGUUCCGGGAUCUAGACGAACUCUCAGACGACGAUGAGCUCGCCAUGGACAUCUCAUCACAUUCUGAAGACGAAGAAGGCCAAGAGCCGUCCACGAAAAGGCAGCGGACAGGUGCAGCUGCGGAGAGCGCAGCGCAGGCACCUAAGUGGUCCAACCCGGACCCUUACACUGCACUGCCCUGCCCCGAAGACACCACACACAAGAGGCGCGACGUCGUCAAGUUGAUUCGCAAAGCACGUUUGGAGGAAAAAGGAAAACUGGCAGCACCGUCGCAGGCCGAGGACUUUUUGUCCUUUGAUCCGACUGAAGAUGAAGACGAGACUAGCGAGGAGUCGGACUCCGAUUCUGAAUCUGAGCCAGAUUAUGAGCCCCCCCCUCCCGCGCUGCCCAGCGAUCAAGCACCCACGAAAGUAACUCUAUCACAUGCCCUGCCGCAGCGGCCGCCGAUGCCUGAGAUAAGCUCUUCUGCUAGUACUUCCAACCCUCUUGGGUCCCGAAAGCGGACAAUUGAUGAUGAAAUUAAGCCGCCAAACUAUGGGUCAUUCAAAAAGGGAGGAGUGAGACCAGCCAAAGGUUCCAUCGCAACGUCGUGGCUCACGAAGAAGGGAGAAAAUCCUUGCCCUUGGGCGACGGUGGAUCACAGUGCAACAACGGAUAUGGCGUUCCGCCUUCAUAAAGAAGUCAUGGAUUUCUAUGAGUAUGUUCGGCCGCGCGACUUUGAGCAACGCAUUCGAGAUAAUCUCGUCGACAACCUCAAACAGGCUAUGAGACGUGAUGGGAGAAAUUUUGCGAGUGCGCAUGUCUUCCCGUUUGGCUCAUUUAUGUCAGGCCUAUAUCUUCCCACCGCAGACAUGGAUAUUGUCGUUUGUUCGGCAAGCUUUAUGCGAGGCGGCCCGCCUACCUACCUUGGUGCCAAGAGUUGGCUUUACAAGUUCCAAAAGUUUCUGGUUUCCCAGAGAGUGGCCGACAGCGAUGCAGUCCAGGUAAUUGCGCACGCGCGAAUACCUCUAGUCAAGUUUGUCGACAAAAUUACUGGCCUAAGAGUCGACAUUUCAUUUGAAAACCUCGGCGGUGUCGAUGCCAUUGAGACAUUUGUCAAGUGGAAGCAGCUCUACCCAUGCAUGCCCAUCCUCGUUACCGUUAUCAAGCACUAUCUUCUUAUGCGCGGCCUGAACGAACCGGUCAACGGUGGAAUUGGCGGCUUCUCCGUUAUUUGCUUGGUUGUCAGCAUGUUGCAAUUAUUACCGCAGGUUCAAAGUCGAAGUCUCGUCCCUGAACAUCAUCUCGGCGAGAUGUUGCUUGAAUUCUUUGAUCUCUAUGGGCAUCAGUUCGACUAUGAGGUCAAUGCUAUUUCCCUCACCGCGCCAGCAGGCUAUGUUAAAAAGUCCAACGUUCGUUCAUUUACCUACAAGAGCACGGACAGGCUAUCCAUCAUUGAUCCGAACAACUCUGAAAAUGAUAUUUCUGGGGGCUCCUCAAACGCAGCCACCAUUUUCGAGCGCUUUGGCGACACAUUCGUUGCGCUUCGCAAAAGAAUGGACGAAGUCGCAAACGAUCAGUCAUGCGGCGGCAUACUCGACGUCAUAAUGAAAGGCGAUUACUCCUCCUUUCACAUGCAGAGAGCUUUCUUGAAGAAGGUCCACGAGAAGUUCAUCGGACCUUGCUCCAAUUAA